UACUUAUCCGGAAGCCGAAAGGCCGUUUAGCACUGUAAGCUAACGUCACCUAAACAGUCAAAACCCUGAAAUUUUAAUCAUUAUUUUAUAUUAUCGUUUGACAACACCAAAGAGCAGACAUGAUUAAAGCCAUCUUGAUAUUUAACAACCACGGAAAGCCGCGGCUGAUCAGAUUCUACCAAUAUUUUGCAGAGGACAUGCAGCAGCAGAUAAUUCGGGAGACUUUCCAUUUGGUAUCUAAGAGAGAUGACAAUGUCUGCAACUUCCUGGAGGGUGGAAGUCUCAUUGGCGGCUCGGACUACAAGCUGAUUUACCGGCACUACGCGACCCUCUACUUUGUCUUCUGUGUGGACUCGUCUGAGAGUGAGCUCGGCAUUCUCGAUCUGAUCCAGGUGUUUGUGGAAACGCUGGAUAAAUGCUUUGAAAACGUCUGCGAACUAGACCUCAUAUUCCACAUGGAUAAGGUCCAUUAUAUCCUGCAGGAGGUGGUGAUGGGAGGCAUGGUGCUGGAAACCAACAUGAAUGAGAUCGUAGCCCAGGUCGAAGUGCAGAACCGCAUGGAGAAGUCAGAGGGAGGUCUGUCGGCAGCCCCCGCUCGCGCCGUCUCUGCUGUGAAGAACAUGAACCUGCCCGAGAUUCCCCGCAACAUCAACAUUGGAGACAUCAAUAUCAAAGUGCCGAGCCUCUCCCCAUUCUGAGCCCAGCUCCAGCUGAGCUCCGCAGGGCCGAUGUACUACUGAUUCAGCUCCCCUCCACCCAGUUCUGUUGUUAAUACAGAGCAAACUGUUUUAUAUGUGUAUUAUUGAACCACAGCAGCUUAUUCUCCCACUCGUUCCUAUCCUCUCACAUGACCGGGAGAUAAGCGGCAAAUUAUUCUUUGAGGUCUACUGUAUACAAGUUACAAGUUGCUCCAGUUAAAGGAUUUGCACAAUAAUGUAAAGUCUUUGAAGUAUCAAGAAGAAUAUUGAUAUUUUUGUCUUUUUUUUUUUUUUUUAAUUUCUCUAGUUGUUAUCCUGCUCUCUCAAAAAGAAAAAAUGUGUUGGCAGAGUGCGCAUUUUCCUGCACAACUCUUCCAAAUCUCUGACAUUCAUCAACUGCUAUCCUGUCCAAAAUCUUUCCCUCUGUCUGGAGUGAGCUUUUUGGGCUCGCCACAGUUCACUGUAAUAAGAUCUUCUGGCUUCUGUGUCGGGAUAUAAUUACUCAAACACAUCUUUAUCGCCUGUGCCAAGUGUGCAUUCAUACACACUGGGAUUAGACUCCUCUGCCUGGCUCUUGUCACAAUUUAUUUUUCCUUUCUCUGUAAUAUAUUGUGUCUCUGACAUUGUUGUGAUUUGUGAAUAACAUUAUUGUCCUCCUGGGUGCAGGUUGUGCUCAGUGCGGCAAAUGCAAAUGCUGUUUAGUUUGAAUCAAGAAUUAAUGUGCUGUGUUAGGAUCUUGCCUACAUCUGCUCAGAAGCAACAGAUUAACCUUUUUUGGAUCUUGAAGUGUUUGUAAAAAGUGUGUUUGUGUCUUGUUGACUGUAUGUAGUGAUCAGAUAGAAUCAAACCCUGACAUUUCAGCCAUGCUCUGGCAGCCUCUCAAGGGAGGCGAAUGUGUCAAAGACAUUCCUUGCCAAGGUAAAAUAAAGAAAUGAAAACACCAAA